CAGAGCGCAUCCACAGACCCACUACCACCACCACCACUACUGCUGCUGCUGCUGAUGCUUUGUUGUCCCGUUUAGUCGAGGAGGAGGUCAGAGUCUCAGUCCGAGCCCCAGUCCGCACAGUGCGCACACACAGCACCGCUCCGCUCCGCUCCGACGCCGAACUUUACUCCGCACUUCAGCGCGAAGAAACAAACACAUAAAACACGAUGGGGAAAGGCUGCGUGACAGCGACCAAGUACUUCCUGUUCCUCUUCAACCUCAUCUUCUUUCUGUUUGGGGCCAUCAUCAUGGGUUUUGGUCUUUGGCUCCUACUGGACAAUCAGAGCUUCAUUGUCGUCCUGAGUAACUCCACAUCUGUGAAGGUGGCCUGCUACAUCCUGAUCGGAGUCGGGGCUUUCUCCAUGCUCUUGGGCUUCCUCGGCUGUCUCGGGGCCAUUUAUGAGAUCCGCUGUCUGUUAGGCCUGUACUUCACCUGCCUCCUGCUGAUCCUCAUCGCUCAGAUAGCAGCCGGAGCGCUCAUCUACUUCCAGAAGGACGUGGUGAGUGAUCUGGAUGAGGAGAUGUUGAAGAUCGUCUCCAAGGUCCUGGACAACUACCCUGGAAACAACUCCACCACAGAGCAGGCCUGGGACUUCAUCCAGAGGACUAUGGAGUGCUGUGGAUGGACUGGUCGAAUGGACUGGAACGGUAACAUGGUGAUCGUCAACAGUUCUCAGCUGCUCUUCCCCUGCUCCUGCCAGAACAUCUCUCUGGCCACUGGGAACUUCUCCGACAGCGGCUUCUGCGAGGCCCAGACGCCCGACUGGCCCGUAUACGACGUGGGCUGUUCUGCCAGCGUGGAGAGCUGGCUUCGCACCAACAUGUGGGUCAUCCUGGGAAUCUGCCUCGGAGUGGCUUUUAUUGAGCUGCUGGGGAUGAUCCUGUCCAUCUGCCUGUGCAGGAAUGUCCACACAGAGGACUACACCAAAGUGCCAAAGUACUGAAGCUCAGCACACCCAGUGACACUCUGAACUGCAGAUGCACAGACAGACAGACAGAGGGAGUCAGAGUCAUGUGUUUUUCCACCCUGUAUUUGGUGAAACAUUUUGUCCAAAUGUAAAAUAAUGUGUUGGCUUUAUAUUUUGUUUGUUUUCUUCUUUCUUUAUUUUUGUAUUGUCCAGUCUUCAGAGCACUUUAGAGACUUUUAGUUGUGAACUUUGUAUCAAAGAGCGAUGCUUGUGAAAAACUGGAACCUUUAGGCAGAGGAGGAGUAAGAGGAGAAUUUGGUGGGGGAAGUAGGGAAUGAUGGAUGAUGAGACAGAGAGGAUGAAGUAUCGUGUGUGAUUUCCUUCCCUGUCCUUAUAGUGCGUUUUCUCUCAGGCUCAGAUUACAGUGUCGCUGUGUCUUUAGUUUAUUUCCCAACAAUAAUCUGAAAAGAAAUCAUUAAUUGUCCACAAUGACAGAAUCUAAGCUAAGUUUAAGACUUAACAGAUUUGGACAACUGGAACCUCCACCUACGGGGUGUUCUUUUUAUUUUUGUUUCUUUCUUUCUUUCUUUUUCUUUUUUUUUAACUUUUGUACACCAGCGUUUUGAGUUAUUGUGAAAUGUUUUUAGUAUUUUGUAUAUAAUUUUAGUCAUUAUUUGUGUGAAUUUUCCAAAAAUACUGCCAGUGUUUCCUUUAUUUUCUUUUUUAAACCUGUUUCCCCCAUUCUUUCCUUAAUUAUCAGGAAAUAAUUUUGUUCAAGUAAUAGAAAUAAUGAGAUACUAAAGAAGACUGUCUUGUCGGAAAGACGAGCAAAAGCAAACCUUUUUUGUAAAAAAAAAAGAAGCUUUAAGUUCAUAGACAAACCUGUAUUUUUGGUAUAAAAUCUCAAACAAGACAAACGUUUGAUGGGUGAAUUAUUUCUUUAAACUACAUUUGAAAUAUGUGAAAGGGAAAUUAACAUGUAUUUUGAGGAGAAACAUCAUGGAAAUAAAAACUGUUUAUGCAGCAAAUCAUUUAAAAACACAUUUAUGUACAAUUUUAACUUUGAGCCAAGAAGUCGUGUAGUUUUUAUAAUGUACAAAAACAUCAUCCUGAUUUUCUGUUUUGUUUUUUUUUUCUUAUGUACAGCCUAUAUGAAAAACACCCCCUUAACUUCAUAGUGAUUUCUAGUUCUGUUAAAACUAGAUGGACUUCUGGUAGCUAGCUGGAUUAUUAUGUGUGUACUCACAACAUUCAUUCUGUUUUAUUUUGCCAAUAAACUGAAAAACUAA